AUGUGUGAAAAUAAUUCUUGGCAGCCACCUGUAUGGUUAAGCAAUGACUACUUGCAGGAAGUCCUCCAAACAUAUCUCAAGGACGAUACGGUACAGAUAACGAACGUCGAUAUCAGACCAGCUACAGGAAAUGGUGAAAAUUAUGCCAGUGUUAUGAGCCGAAUCAAAAUUACAUUUACGAGAAGCACAAACACAGAACCCACCACAUUAUCGUUUAUUUUGAAAUAUUCCUAUGAAAAUGAUCCUGUGAUAUCCAAACUAAUGGCCGGCUAUGAUGUCUAUAAUACGGAAAUGAAAAUGUAUGAACAAAUCUUGCCACAAUUGGCAGAAAUCCUGCAAGAAUCUGGAGAUAUCGAACAAUUAUGUGCUAAGACAUUAAAGGUAGACUAUGAACGUUCCGCCAUUAUUUUUGAGGAUUUAAGUGUGUCCGGAUUUGAAAUGGUUGAUCGUAAGAAGGGUAUGGAUUGGACUCAUGCCCAGUUGGUGAUAAAGAAGUUGGCAAAAUUCCAUGCCGCAGCUGCUGUGUUGAAUGAACGUCAAAAUGGUAUUUUGGAAGCUUUCGAUCAUGGAAUUUUAAAUCGCCACACGAGAGGUUUUGCCUGCAUUUUUGAAUAUAUGAUGGAGGAGGGUGCCCGCUUUGCUAAAGAUUGUCCCGAAUUGGGGCUCUAUUAUCAUGACAAAUUAAUGAAUCUCUCUAGUCAUAUCAUUGAUUAUGGUGUAAGGGCCUAUUCCACACGCCCUCUAAAUUUCUUUACCUUGAGUCAUGGUGAUUUGUGGACCAAUAAUAUUAUGAUGUCAUAUAACAAUAAUGAUGCUGAUGGUGAUUUGGAAAAGAGUAAAACACUUAAGGAUAUCAUGUUUAUUGAUUUCCAAAUGUGUAAUUGGUCAUCACCUACCGUGGAUCUGCAUUAUUAUUUCAAUACAUCACUGCAGGCAGAUAUCCUGUUGGAUGUGACAUCAGAGGAAAAACUUUUACAAUAUUAUCAUUCGAUUUUGUGUGAAAUGUUAAAGAAAUUAAAAUUCAAAGGCCACAUUCCAACACUGCAUGAACUGACAGUGCAAUUUGAGGAAAGUCGAAUAUUAGCUUUAUUAAGUAUAAUGGCAUCCCGCACGAUUAUGAGCACAGAUCAAACUGAGGAUGCUGACAUCCACAGCCUAAUGGACGAUAACGAAAGGGCUUGGAGAUUUCGAAAGGGCUGCUUUCAAAACAAGGAAUUGCAAACUAUUAUUAAGAGUUGGCUACCUCGAUUUGAUCGACUUGGAUUAUUGGACUUACAAAAAUAG